UCGGUAUCUGUGCGACCUGGCAGGAAAAGAAAGAGAAAAACCGAUAUGUCAUCAGGGACGGUAGUGAAUGCCGCUCCUUCAGGAGGAUCAAAUGAUGUGGGCCUGGAGGAACCAAAGAAGAUGACAAGAGAAGACUGGAGGAAAAAAAAGGAAUUGGAAGAACAGAGAAAACUAGGAAAUGCACCUGCUGAGGUGGAUGAAGAAGGAAAGGAUAUCAAUCCUCAUAUUCCUCAGUACAUAUCCUCAGUACCAUGGUACAUAGAUCCUUCUAAAAGACCUACACUAAAGCAUCAGAGACCACAGCCAGAGAAGCAGAAAAAGUAUAGCACCUCUGGAGAAUGGUACAAACGAGGAGUUAAAGAGCAUGCUGUGGCAACUAGAUACCGUAAAGGGGCUUGCGAGAACUGUGGGGCAUUGACACACAGUAAGAAGGACUGCAUGGAGAGACCCAGGAAAAUUGGAGCAAAAUACACAGGCAUGAAUAUUGCACCAGAUGAACAUGUGCAGCCUCAACUGACAUUUGAUUAUGAUGGAAAGCGAGACCGUUGGAAUGGCUAUAACCCAGAAGAGCACAUGAAGAUUGUAGAGGAAUAUGCCAAGGUUGAUUUGGCCAAACGUACACUGAAAGCCCAGAAGCUUCAGGAAGAGUUAGCAUCAGGGAAGCUGGAGCAAGUGAACUCCCCAAGACAGCAGUGGGGAGAAGAGGAACCAAAUUCACAGACAGAAAGAGAUCAUAACAGUGAAGAUGAGGAUGAAGAUAAAUAUGCAGAUGACAUUGAUAUGCCUGGACAGAACUUUGACUCAAAAAGACGUAUCACAGUUAGAAAUCUACGUAUUCGGGAAGAUAUUGCUAAAUACUUGAGGAAUUUGGAUCCAAACUCUGCUUACUAUGAUCCCAAAACAAGAGCAAUGAGGGAGAACCCAUAUGCCAAUACAGGCAAGAAUCCAGACGAAGUUGGUUACGCAGGUGAUAACUUUGUUCGCUAUACUGGAGAUACCAUUUCAAUGGCACAGACUCAGCUGUUUGCUUGGGAGGCUUAUGACAAAGGCUCUGAAGUUCACCUGCAAGCAGACCCUACAAAAUUAGAACUACUUUAUAAAUCCUUCAAAGUGAAAAAAGAAGAUUUCAAGGCACAGCAGAAAGAAAGCAUCCUAGAGAAGUAUGGAGGACAAGAACAUUUGGAUGCCCCACCAGCUGAACUGCUGUUAGGUCAAACAGAAGAUUAUGUGGAGUACUCUAGGCAUGGAACAGUCAUCAAAGGACAAGAGAAAGCUGUUGCUUGCUCUAAAUAUGAAGAGGAUAUAAAGAUCAACAACCAUACAAGCAUUUGGGGUUCAUACUGGAAAGAAGGCAAGUGGGGUUACAAAUGCUGCCACUCAUUUGUCAAGUACUCAUACUGUACAGGAGAAGCUGGGAAAGAAAUUGCUAAUGCUGAAGCAAGCUUACUACAAGAGCAACCCAGGGAGGAAGAACACAUGACAAAACCCAAAACACUGAUGGAGAUCCAUCAAGAGAAACAGAAAGAGAAGAAAAAGAAGAAGCACAAGAAGAGCUCAAAUUCGGAUAGUGAGGGUGAAGAGAAAAAGAAGCAAGAAAAACUUAAAAAGGCACUAAACGCAGAAGAGGCUCGUCUUCUUCACGUGAAAGAAAUCAUGCAGAUAGAUGAGAGAAAGAGACCAUACAACAGCAUAUAUGACAGCAGGGAGCCAACAGAAGAGGAAAUGGAAGCUUACAGAAUGAAACGUCAGAGACCUGAUGAUCCUAUGGCCUCUUUUCUUGGACAGUAGUCAUGGCAGAAAUCAUUCCUAUACACUAGACUCUUCUUCAUUGUUGUUUACAGUUCUAUAGAAACCUGCUGUGGCAAAGACCAUUUUUUGCACCAAAAAAAGAUGGUGAAAACUUCUGCCAGUAGACCUAACUAGAUAUACUAUAGCAGUAAGUUCAAUAGACAUAGCAAUUACUUCAGGAGACAUAUUUAUAGUCAUGUUAUAUGUGUGUGUAUGUAUACAUAUACAGUCACAAAUAUAUACAUACACACAUGUAUAGGCUAUUACAGAGUAGAAAUAUUUUCUCUCUUUAUUGGAAAAGAUCUGAUCCUGGCUACAAUUCUAAGUUCAUUUGGCCAACCAGUAUAUGCAUAAAGUAAUGAUACAUUUGGCAAAACUGCUCAGAAGAAAUGGUUGUUAUGUUGCUUAAUAUAGAAUAAAGAUUGAUACCAAAAAAAAUACAACAGCUACUGAGUCCUCUUAUGAAGUUGCUUGUCACAUGGCUUUAAAAGGAGAAAUAGUUUCUUUCUCAAUCACUUUGUGGUAGGUAUUUUGGAAAUGUAAAAAUUGAUAACUGUACAGGUUUUGUUAAAUUAAUACAAAUAUCUUAAAUG